AUGUCUUCUUCAGACUCUGCUGAUAACAUUUCCAAGUGGGAGGAACGUAGAUAUGCACUUGCUGCAGGUUUUUCUGCAAGAAAAAAUACCUCUUGGAAAAAUGGUGGUGGUUUAGUGAAAAUAAGAUAUAUUGUCUGUUCAAAAGAAGGAUUUCAUGUUAGCAAAGAAAUAGAUUCUGGUUCAGUUGAGAAUAGUAAAAAGAUUGUUAGACGUAAUAUAGGUUCAAAAAGAGUUGGAUGCAAUGCUCAUGUGAAAUUAAUAUUAGAGAACAAUAAUAUGUUUAAAAUCUACUACUUUGAAGAAGAACAUAAUCAUAUCUUUGUUGAAGAUGAAGAUAUUCAUUUCUUGCCGGCUGCCAGAAGUAUCGAUUAUGUGAAAGAAAGUUUUAUAUCUGGAUUGUCUGCAAUCAAUAUUGGACCUGUUAAAGCAUUCAAUAUUAUGAAAACAAUGUAUGGUGGUUUUGGUGAAGUUGGUGCUAGUAAAGUUGAUUGUAAAAAUUAUAGAAGGGAUUUGAAUCUUUACAUCGGAGAGUAUGAUGCAAAAAUGUAUGAUUUGGUUUUUGUACCAUUUACUGGUAUUGAUAAUCAUUUUAGGAAUGUCACAUUUGGUGGUGCAUUACUUGGUUCGGAGACUGCAUAUUCUUAUAGAUGGCUUUUAAGGUGCUUUGUUAAUGCUUUUGGAAGUGAGCCUAAAGUUGUUGUUACUGAUCAAGAUGCUGCAAUGAAGAGAGCUGUUAAGGAUGUACUUUCAAGAAGUAGGCAUAGGUUAUGUAUGUGGCAUAUAUGGGAGAAAUUGAAGACAAAGGUUGGUCCUGUUUUGUCAGCAAACACUGAUUUUAAUACAAGAAUGACUCAUGUUGUUUGGAAUGAUACUAUUAUUCCAGAAGAUUUUGAAACUGAGUGGCAUUCAAUAAUGUCUACUUUUAGAUUGGAAAAUCAUGAGUGGUUAAAAGAUAUGUACGAUCUUCGAUUUGAUUGGAUUCCUGCUUAUUACCAUGGAGAGGAUUUGGCUGGUCUUAUGCGUACUACGUCAAGAUGUGAAAGCGAGAAUUACUUCUUUGGUCAAAUUUGCAAUCCAAGAUGUACACUUGUUGAAUUUUUCACUCAUUUUGAGACUGCAAUGGAUAUUCAAAGGCAUGAGCAUAGGAGGAAUGAUCAUGAUACAAGGUAUAUUGAGUGUAAGCCCUGGAGUGAUUUUGUGCAAUACAACAAACAAGAAGAUGGUUUAAGUAUAAGUUGUUCUUGCAAACGGUUUGAACAAUUUGGUAUACUGUGCCGCCAUAUAUUUUACGUAUUACGGUAUGAUGAUAUAACUGAGUUUCCUAGAAGAUAUGUUCAUAGAAGAUGGAUGAGAGAUGUUGUUUCAGUUGAAUCAAAUCAUUCCAAUAUUCGGUUUGAUGAAAUUGGUAGGAAUAGUGAAAUUGAUAAAGUUUAUAGAGAAAUCGUUGUUGCAAAUGAGUAUGUGGUUAAUAGGCUGGUUGGCGAUUUUGAUGAGCCGUGUCGUUACAGGGAUCAUAUUAAAAGUUAUAUUGAUAAAGCGGAUGAGGUUAUGGUUGUUGCGCCGCCUCCUAGUCGCAAAGAAAGAUUUGCUGAUAUUGGAUGGAACUUAGAAAAAUCAGAUUCUAUGAUUCGUGUCCCGAUCAAAAUAAGGACCAAAGGAUGCGGUGUACAAAAAAGGAUCAAGUCUAAUCGUGAGAUUGCAAUUCAGAAAUCAUCAAAGAUCCAGAAAUCGUGCCGUGUAUGUGGUGGAAAAGGACAUAACAGUCGCACAUGUAAAGAUAAGGUUUCUUCUAAUGCUAUAGGUUCUAGCAAUGCAAUGUAA